GUCAUCGUGGUUCCCAAUUCCCAAAUAGAAUUGGCGACCCACAGAACAAACCUGAUUUGGGGAGUACUGCUGCACCGGUACAUCUUGUAAAACAAUGUCCGAAAAAAAAACUCCUAGCUAGAGUAGCAGGCAGCUACUAGUAGCUAGCAAAGCUAAAGGUAUAACUACAAUCUAUGAGAAGGGUGGUGGCUGAGGUGCAUUUGAUACACAGAAUGGUUGAGAAUGGAGCCAGUAAUACGAAUCUAGCAAAGAGGUAGUCUCACUGUUUCGAAGUUCCUGACCUAAGUUUGUACUCAGAGGAGAUACAAGUGGAAAGCAACCAAUCUGAGGUCGACUUUUAAAAAUACUGAAUCAAGGCACCAUGAAUAAGAAAGAUGAUGAAACUCAAUUCUCCAUUCAACCCAAGAGUGAGGAUGUGCCUCCCGUGCCGCGUUCACCAAAUGCGUCCCAAACGCCAGAGGAAGUUGCGCAGGCCAAAUCAACUGGGUCUCCUGGCACCGACAAUGAUGGCUCUGAUGAGCCCUUAAUGAAGAUUGUUGCGCAGCGGAGUAGGUUUCACCGCCUCGCCAUCAACCAUGCAAAUCGGCGCCGGCUGGCCAGCGGGUCUGAAGCUUCCAUGGGGGAGCGAGCUUUGAAAGGUGCUACGAAAGAUCCAAGCAGCGGGGCACCUCUACCUGCCAUGCUGCCAAGUACCGAGAUCCCGGUUUCCAAAGAACAAGCAAUGGACGUGGCCUUGGUCGAGUCGAUGCAGGCGGCCCAUUCUUUCGACAAUGCCGAGGGGAUGCCUGGCGCACACGCAAUAAACGGACCCGGGCCCACGGAAGGCCUAGAAGAUCGGGAUGCGUCGGAACCAACCGAUGAGCGCUCGUCAGGGACUGUGCUGGAAAGCGAUGACGAAAUCGCGAUCGACGGUGCUGUCGUUGUCGAUCAAACAGACUUGGAAUCCGGAAGUUGCAACGACGGAAGCAGAGACGGAGCAGAGGACGAGGUUAUUCAAGGCAGGAUCUUGCCAGACCGGCACAAGAAGCAAUGCGGAUCACAGCUAAUUGUUUGUGCCUUGGUCCUUGUCUUGGCGUGUGGCUUGUUCGCGUCGUUGUUUGGUGCAACACGGCCCCCUGCGUCCGCCAACGACUCGCCGAGCCACGAAGAAAGGCAAGUCCGGCAUAAUGCCACAAAGGUGGUCUAUCCACCGUUCCAAGACGGACUGUCCAUGGAGAUUCUCAAGGGAGUUCAAGAUACAGGAAGCGCAUACUACAAGGCCAAUGCUUGGAUGAAUCAGGAUCCUCAGCUUGACAGGUAUUCAAAGGAUAGGCAGUAUCAGCGGUUCACGAUGGCCUGGUUAUUCUACAUAACAAGUGGUCACAACUGGACCAGGAAUGACAACUGGUUGAGCUACACUGUAUCUGAAUGUGAUUGGUUUUCAAAGAACAGCAGCCUAAGCGUUCACGGCUGGCACGAAGGAGAGAAACCUGAACCUGUGUGCGACGAGGAAGGCAACCUGGCUGUCCUGAACGUUUCCUCCAAUAACUUGAAAGGACUGUUCCCCCGUACUUCGUCCAUCGGCUUCAAAGCCAUCCGCAUUGUUGAUGUAUCCAACAAUGCGAUACAUGGUGCCAUCCCGAACACCGGGUCUUACUCGUACAGUCUCGAGGUCCUUGCUGUUUCGAACAAUAAGUUCCAGGCGCAGCUUACUGGCGGGGGUGGAUUCGCUGCCUUUAACCUGCGUGUUGCCAGAAUGGAUGGGAAUAAGCUCAUGGGAUGGCACUCGGCCGUGUAUCCGUUCCUCCCGCAUUUGGAGGUCCUUGACAUUGCGGACAAUCUUUUUGAAGGUGAGCUAUCACCAAAACUCCGGCUCUGCAAGAACAUGACUUACUUUGCGAACCGAGGUAACUCUUUCCACGGUUCACUCCCAACCGAGUUGGGUGAGUUAAGUCUGCUGCAAGAGUUGGAUGUUUCUGGCAACCGGUUCCUCCAUGGGACCGUGCCAUCGGAGCUGGCCUUGUUGCCCGAUCUGGCUCGUCUGAACAUCAUUGGCACGUCCAUCACUGGAACUAUCCCUGAACUGUUGUGCUCCAAAGUGAACAGAGGAGAUCUGGUUUUGAUUGCCAACAAGAGCAUUGCUGAAACUUGCCAGUGAAUUUCGGGCUCAGAAAAAGAGGUUUGGAAUCCUAACAAUGCAUGACUAUGACAUACACAUAUACAAAGCCACUACUUAGUACUUGCCAUGAAUAAAAUCGCUGUACUGCAACUAAAAUAUACUAGGAUGGCGUUUUCCUGUCU